AUGCUUCCGACAAGUCAACAUCAGCAACAGCAGCAGCAACCGCAUCAAUCGUCGGAUGUGGUCGCUCAACAACAGCAACAACUGCAACAGGACGCCCAAACGCAACAUCUUCUCAAUGUGGCCGCUUCAUCCUACACCACGGCGGUUUCGUCGAGCGGUGGUUACAGCAUGAGCUACCCGGUCGUCACCGGGCAUCAUCUCACCGAAAACAACAACCUGAUCAUGCAUCCGUCCUACGGCAAGCCAGCAGCACAUGUUGCCCAUCAGCUGCCACCAGCCUCGCUCAUCACGCUCCAGCCGGUACCGCUCGAGGCGCAUCACCAUUCGGCAUUGCACCAUGUGUCCAAUUUGGGACCGCCGCCACCAGGAACACCCGGUUCCUUGCAACAGCAAGGACCACCACCACCAUCCCAACAAUCGUCCCACGGAACAACGGUCGUAACGUCACUGGCACCACCACCCGGAUCGUCGUCUCUCGGUGGUUUAAUAAUUGGCGGGGGACAACACUUGCAUCAUGCAUCAUCUCUACAGCAACAACAGCAGCAGCAACAACAACAACAACAGCAGCAACAGGCACAUCAACAACAGCAGCAGCAGCAGCAACAGCAACAACAGAUGGAACAGCAGAUGGGAGUUGGAUCCUCGAGUGCCGGAUCGCAACAAAUGCAACAAGGUCCACCGUCUUCCAUGUCGCACGCUUCCUCCAUGAACGAUCCCAACGGAAACGGUAUGUUUGUGGUAUUUGGUGGUAGAAACGAAGCGAAAGUCUCAAUGUAG